AUGCACACAUCAAAACGGUAUUCACAUGUAAGGACAUUUAGUAAUGAAGCAAUUGCUGCUGCUACUACAGCUACCUCGGGCGAGUUAUCUUCUAGAACGAGUUCUCUCGUUAGAAGUAAAUCAGUACCAAGACAUACUCAUAGUUUUAGAAGGACGGCUAGUAUAAUGAGUGACCCAGAAAGUAGAAGAUCACAUCGCAGGGUGAAUAGCUAUGGCAUUUCAGGAAGGACAUUUAGCACCUCUAUAAUACCAACUGAUUACGAUGAGAGCCAAAUAAUUGAUGCAAAUAUGGCAUUCGAUAAUUUUGAUGGUAGUACUGAUGAAAUGAAUGAAAAUAAUAUUUAUCCUCCUCAAAGACGAUACAGACAUAUAAGUAAUGGAGGAAUGCAACUACAACAACCUAAAUAUUUGGAAGUUGUAGAAAAAUAUGUCCCUGGACCACGAGGACUAUCAAUUGUGCAGGUUCCAGUAAUAAAGCAAUCAUCGCAAAAAUUGAGAAAGGAUUAUCCACAACAACAACUGUUAUCAUCACCUACAAGAAGUGUUUCGGAUUAUACAUCAUCUGAAAGAGCAUCAUUAUCUCCAAAAACAUUGAAAAGACACGGAGCAGUUAGAAGGUCGAAAAUUGCUCACUCAUCAGAAGAUUCUCGACUUCCUAUAUCUCCUCAUCAUUCUAUGAGGGAAGUCGAACCAGUAUCCCCAAGAGAUUUCCAUGCUACCUACGAGGAUGGGAUAAAUAUGAUUGAAAAGACAGUGACUACAAGACAAACUAAAGACCAUGGAAGUGUGGAGACAACAACAAUUAUACGUAGACAUACUAAGAAAGAAACCAAGCCUGAUUUGGUAGUAUCUAAUAACACUAAUGAUCAUACUUCAAAUACAAAGGAAAAUGUGUUAAAACUCCGUGCUGAAGUUAAAAAGUCCGAACUUGAGGAGAAACAACUAGAACUUGAACUAGAAAAAAUAAAAAUUGCUGAAAUGACAUUGACCACUCAGAAAGAAAAUCAUAAUUUGGAGAAUGAAGUUAAAAUUCAAGUUCCAUCUUCUGUAAUAAAACCCAAAUAUCAACAUGAAAAACUCAAGGGACCAAUAAAGGUAGUCAAAAAAACAACAAAUUACCCAAGAAACGUUGAUGAUGACUCGAGUAAUGAAGGUGAAGGCAAUUUCAGUGGGGACAAUGAAAGUACAUCUAUUGUUUCCAGCAUGGUUUAUGAUGACCAUUUAAGUACAAUUCAAUCUAUUGAAGUUGAGCCAACUAAACAAGAGAGCCAACCUCGGAAACAUGACCUUCAAAAAGAUACAUCAAAUCAAGAUAUCAAGAUAUUAAAUGGGAAAUUGAAUGAAUUCUUAGAUAAGGAAAUGGUUGAAGAAGAUAAUGAUUUUGGUAAUGGCGUGUCCUAUGAAUCUCUUCUUAUGAACACGUCAACUACAGAGCCUAUUCCAGGGACCUCGAGCAAGUUUAACUCGAAAAUAUCGCUUGAUUUAAAUGACUCUCAAAUCAGUGUAGUACCAAGCUUAGACUUGGGUCAAGGUGAACAUGAAGAGAUUAAAAUAUCUGAGACUAAAGUCCCAUCCGAGAGUAGGCACCACCCGUCAAUGGCACAAUAUUUAAAAGCUUCGCAUCCUUACCUUAUUAGUUCGGACGAAGAGUUAGAGAAUGGGCAGGAGAAUAGCACGUACCUAUCUCAUAGUAAUGAUACCGAAAGGAGGAUAUCAUUUGAUACAGAUUCAAAUAUCGACAGUACUUUAUCUAUUAAUCUUCCACACGGCAGAAUUCCGACCUCAUCAUACACAUCUGUCGAUUCUCAUAGUAAAAGUGAACGGAUUUUGAAUAUGGGGAAUAAAGAUUUAACAAAACCAUUCUUGAAUAUUUCUAGCACAGAAGCGAACAUUAAGCAUUCUAAAUCAUCCCAGACCACUGUAAAUGGCUCGCAAUCAACAGGUAUUUCAUCUUCAAUUGACGUACCAGGAAGUUUCAAAAAUAAUAAUGCAGAUACAACAGUGAACAGUUUUAAGAGUGAGUCAUCAUCUGUUUACUCCUAUCAUCCGACAAAGAAUGUUAAUCAGCCCAGAAUAAUACGUCUUGAUAAUUUAGGGGAAACACUUGGCGAGUUUAAUCAUAUGAGAGGUUCUUCUUUGGAUGAAAAAAAAUUGGUUUUAAGUAAAAGAGAGGAAAGGGGUAAAGGACAUAAGAGCCACAGAAUAAGUCAAUCGGUUGAUUUAGAUAUGCACAAAGAUAGUACACGGAGAAGAAGUGAAAAAAUUUCAACUUUUAAUGGACAAGUGCAAGUGCGAUCCAAAUCGUUGACUAGGAGACUUUCAUUUCAAAGUACUUUGAAGAAUAUUAAUAAUAUUGAGAAUGAAACAUUUAAGAAACAUUCAAGAAACAGCAGUAUAAGUAAAAGCUUAAAAAAGAUGUUUGGUAUCCAUUCAAAAUAG